GUCUUACUAGUAAUUUAUUUUUGUAAUUUUACUUUUCUUGGUUCACUGUGUAGUUGUCUGUUCAGAAGGAAUACGAAUACUCGUAAAAAAAAAAUAAAUCUUAAACAUUUUUUUUUUUUAAUUACUUUUGGUACAAUUUUCACUUUUUUGUCCAUUUGGUGCUAGUUCUACUGAAUCCUUAACUUUUCUAUUAGUCUUAUGUUUAGGAUAAGAAAAAAUUAUUAAGCGACACGAAUUAGAACUCUGAUUUAUUAGAGCAUAUUGACAACAAUUUAGGUGCUCGUUCACGUUUCUAAGUUGAUAGAAUUGGUUAAAUUUUUUAGAGUAACUCAAAUAUAAUUUAACAUAUACUAGCCACCUGUGCGCCCCACUAGUAGUUUGUAAAUUUAAUAAUAUAUUUAUAAUUAUCACAACAAAUAAAUUUGCAUGCAUUAAAAUAAGUUAAACACGAACCUAUUCAGUGAAACUUAGGUAAGAUUUACUUCAGUGGCGGUAAAAAAUGUCAUAUAAAAAUGAAACUUUUAAGUGUGCUAAUAUCAUUUUGCUUGGGUAGUAAAAAUCAACAAAAAAACAUUAAAAUUCUUUUUAUAGAGACUUAUAUUAAAGCAGUUAUAAACACAAACUUGCAUAUGGUGACAGCAGCAGAUGAAAUGCCACAAGUAAUCCAAAAUAUUAUUCGUGGAACAUAUACGAUGGCGCAAAUUUCUUAUAUGUUGGCAGUAAUACCAGAACCACGAUACUAUACCUUAAGCGAUAUGCUACGGAUCCAGCUUCUAAUGCAAGAAGAAAUAAAUAAUGAGACAGAAGUUGAUGCACCUCAAAUAGACGGAGAGAUUUUUGUUGCGGAAGUUAAUCUGCCAGUUUACGGUCAAGCAAGAAGAGUUAUAACGAAACACGCUACAAAAGCUUUAAUCAGUUCUGAAAUAGAUGCAAACCAACAUCGAAUACAACCAAUCAAAUAUUUCAAAGAUUCUCUCGAGAUGUGUCGUUUACUAGGAUUGUUCAGAAGUAUUAAAUACCCAAAUAACUACAUAAUAGAUGCCGUGAUUGAUGAGACUGAAACUUGUACUCUAACAGAUUUAAACAGCAAUCGUAUCAGAUACGUAUCCGUUGCAGACCAUAUUUGGAGUUUAAACUCUAAUAAUGAACUAGAUAUGCCAUUUGAUAUAAAUUUAGCAUAGUUUAGAACAGGAAUUAUAAAGAUAAAUAUUGUGUUAUAUUUAAAUAAUUUUUGUACACCGCUGUAAUAUCCAAGUUGUCGUUAAAUUAAAUGUAUUCAAUAAUAAAGAGUUUUAAUCGUGACUAAAAA